CCAAAAUGGCGGUUGUUACUGAUCCCCUUGCUUCCAUGCAACUUCUCGCCAAUACCAUUCCAGCUCCGCCGUAUGCGGCAGCCGCUGUUCUGGGUGGCGUCUCUUUGGUACUUUCCGUGUUUUUUGUUGCUGAUUGUAGAAAGAAACGUCGGAAUUUUCUCCCUCCGGUGCCGGCGGUUCCGGGGGUUCCGGUGUUGGGGAAUUUGCUGCAGUUGAAGGAGAAGAAGCCUCACAAGACAUUUGCUCGAUGGGCGGAGACGUACGGUGCGGUUUAUUCAAUAAGAACCGGCGCUUCCACUGUGAUUGUUCUCAACACCACAGAGGUUGCCAAAGAGGCUAUGGUGACGAGGUAUGGUUCGAUUUCGAGUCGAAAGCUAAGCAAAGCUCUUACAAUCUUGACUGCUGAUAAAUGCAUGGUUGCUAUGAGUGAUUACAAUGAGUUUCACAAGAUGGUGAAGAGAUAUAUAUUGGCUAAUGUGUUGGGGGCUAAUGCUCAGAAGAAACACAGACAAAGGAGAGACGCCAUGAUUGAAAAUAUUUCUAGGGAGUUGUUUGCUCAUGUGAAGGAGUUUCCAUUAGACACUGUUAAUUUUCGGAAGAUCUUCGAAGCCGAACUCUUUCGACUCGCGCUUAAAGAAACGCUUGGGAAGGAUAUUGAGUCGAUAUAUGUGGAUGGGCUUGGUACGACAUUGCCGAGGGAAGAUCUGUUUAGGAUUUUAGUGAUUGAUCCAAUGGAGGGUGCGAUUGAGGUUGAUUGGAGGGAUUUCUUCCCAUAUUUGAGAUGGAUUCCAAACAAGAGGGUGGAGAAUAAAAUAAGGAAUAUGGAUUUUCGAAGGCGAAUGACAAUGAAGAAACUAAUGGAGGAGCCAAAGAAACGAAUUGCAGCAGGGGAGGAGACGUAUUGCUAUGCCGAUUUCUUGUUAUCUGAAGCGAAAACACUUACGGAGGAUCAAAUAUCCAUGUUGCUUUGGGAGACGAUCAUUGAAACUUCUGACACAACUUUAGUUGUAACAGAAUGGGCGAUGUAUGAACUUUCGAAAGAUCCAAGACGACAGGACUAUCUAUAUCAGCAGAUACAGAGUGUUUGUGGAUCUGCAACGCUUACUGAAGAAAACUUGUCACAGCUACCAUAUCUGACAGCUAUUUUUCAUGAAACUCUUCGGAAGCAUAGUCCGGUCCCAGUCGUCCCAUUACGGUAUGCGCAUGAAGACACCCAGUUAGGCGGGUACUUCGUUCCUGCAGGGAGUGAGAUCGCCGUGAACAUUUACGCAUGCAACAUGGACAAGGAUCAUUGGGAAAGCCCUGAGGAAUGGAAGCCAGAGAGGUUUCUGGAUGACAAGUAUGAUCCAAUGGAUUUGCACAAAACCAUGGCCUUUGGAGGAGGGAAGAGGGUGUGUGCAGGUGCUCUCAAGGCAAUGCUGAUAGCUUGCACAACCAUUGGAAGGAUGGUUCAAGAGUUUGAGUGGAAGCUGAGGGAAGGAGAAGAGGAGAAGGUCGACACUCUUGGCCUCACCGCUCGCAAGCUUCAGCCACUGCACGUGGUCAUAAAACCAAGAAACAACUGAUGAAACUUCCCCCUCAGUCCUAGG